UGAAAACUGUGAAUAAUUAAUAAUUAUCAUAUAAUAUUUGUUAUUUAUUACUUAAAGUUAAUAGUCUAGUCUUUUAUCCAACUUUAAAUUUGUUAUAAAACGAUUGUUUAUUUUGUGAUUUUGUCGAAAAUAAUGGAAAAACUGAUAAAAUUAAAAACUCUUAAUUGUCAUAUAACGUGUAAAAUAUGUAGAGGAUACUUAGUAGAUGCCACAACAGUAACAGAAUGCUUACAUACAUUUUGCAAGAGCUGUCUUGUGAAACAUUUAGAAGAGAAUAACAGUUGUCCUACUUGUCAAAUUGUCAUACAUCAAUCACAUCCAUUGCAGUAUAUAAGUUUUGAUCGUACAAUGCAGGAUAUUGUAUUUAAAUUAGUGCCUGGGCUUCAGUUAGAUGAAAUUAAACGUGAAAGAGAAUUCUAUAGAAUCAGAGGUCUUCCAUACCCAAAAGAAGUCCCAGCUGGUACUGAAAUUGAUGAUGAUAAGACAGCUCAAGAUCAAGCAGCAGCAGAUUCUGACUACCAUAGAACAGAUGAACAAGUAAAUAUCGGAUUGGAAUGUGUUGCAUCUCACUUGAAAUCGUUAAAGAAAAAGUUCCUUAGAGUAUCAUCUCAAGCCACUAUUACACAUCUUAAAAAGUUCAUUGCUGUGAAAGUACUUGACGGAUCAGACAAAUACAGAGACAUUGAUAUCUUGUGUAAUGAUGAAUUAUUGGGAAAAGAUCACACUUUAAAAUUUGUAUAUGUAACAAGAUGGAGAUUCAGAGAACCUCCUUUAAAACUUCAGUAUAGACCGAAAUUAGAUUUGUAAAUUAUUUUUUUUUUGAUCUGUUAAAUUCAGUAUUGUAUUUUUUACUUAUUGUAUGUACAACUUUUUUU